AUCGUGUCUCUCUCUGUGGUGUCUCUCUCUUUUUCGGUUCAUUAGUCAUUAACCUUUGGACCUUAUAUUUUUAACUGAGUGCGGAUAUAUAGAACGGAGAUAAAACAAUUUUGCACUUUUGCUGUGUUCAUGCUCACGAGGUUAGCAAAAGAAAUCAAAUAUGUUUAUAAUAAAAACUGUUGAACGGUUAAUAUUUCGUGCAAAGCCGGGUGCCAGGUGUUUUUCAACUGUUGACAGUUCAAAGGAGAACCCUAUCGUAACAGUGAAACAAGGGAAACUGAAAGGUGCAGUCAACAAGUGUCUAGAUGGAUCCCCUUACUACAGCUUCAAAGGCAUUCGCUACGGCCAACCACCCAUUGGAGAGUUGAGAUUUAAGGCACCAUUACCCGUGAAACCAUGGACGGGUAUACGUGACGCGAUCGAGCACGGUCCAGUCUGCCCUCAAUUUGACAUGAGCAUUGUAGAUAUCGUGGAAGGAAACGAAGACUGUCUCAGUUUAAACGUAUACACGAAGUCAUUACAACCCAGCUCCAAACUACCCGUGAUGGUCUACAUUCACGGAGGCGCUUUCUUGUCAGGAUCUGGUAAUUCUGAAACUUACGGCCCAGAAUUUUUCUUCCAGCACGAUGUGAUCUUAGUCACAAUAAACUAUCGACUUGAAGUACUAGGUUUCCUAAGUCUAGACACUCCUGAAGUUCCCGGUAACGCUGGUAUGAAGGACCAAGUUCUAGCUUUGAGAUGGGUAAAAGAAAAUAUAAGCACUUUCGGAGGAGACCCUGACAAUAUUACUUUAUUUGGAGAGAGUGCUGGUGCCGCCUGUGCAAUUUUGCACAUGCUCUCGCCAAUGUCGCAAGGACUGUUUGAUAGAGUAAUAACGCAGAGUGGUAACUGUUUAUCCUACUGGUCGAUAUUCCAUGAGCCCGUAGCACGAGCAUUUAGAGCUGCUAAAGCAUUAGGUAAAGAAGCAAAGGAUACCAAUGAACUACUAAGUUAUCUGAGAGAAUUCCCUGCUGUUGAACUAGCGAGGCUUUCAAUCCAAACAAGGACAACGGACGAGAAAUACAGGGGUUUACCGAUUUACUUUACUCCAACAAUAGAAAAAAAGUUUGAGGGCCAAGAACAGUUCUUAACUGAAGACCCAUUAGACUUGUUAAUGGCAGGCAAAAUAAGUAAAGUGCCCAUGAUAAUUGGUUACAACUCCGCGGAAGGAUUGUUGAUGGUCAACGACCAUGUAAAGAAGAUAAAAACCCUGAAUGAGCAGCCAUCAUACUUUGUUCCCAGAGAUAUAGCCACGAAGGUGUCCAAGGAAACGUUAGAUGAAUUAGGACAGAGAAUAAAGAAGUUUUAUUUUGGUAACAGAGAUAUGACUCCAGAAGACCGUCAAGCCAUAGUAGAUUUGCAAACAGAUAUAAAUUUCACGUACCAAACUCACAGAUUUAUACAUUUCUUUCAAAAGUUUGCUCCAGUGUACUUGUAUAAGUUUGAAUAUUGUACAGAGUUGAACGUUGUGAAAAGUGUCUUCGGAUUGGAUAGUGUGAAGGGCAGCUGCCACGCCGAUGAUCUGUUUUAUUUCUUCCAUAGCGAAGUCAGUAGAAGUAUUUAUGAUGAAAACGAAAAACUGAGAAAGGUCAUUUAUCAACUGACCAAGUUUUGGACAGAUUUCGCAAAGACUGGAAAUCCAACACCAACGAAAGAGGUCGUGGAAUGGCUGCCGUGCUCACCAGCAAAUAAAGAAUAUUUAAUUCUAGACGAAGAGUUGAAACUAUCAAAUAAUUUAGAUAAGGAAAGAGUAGAUUUCUGGAACAAAAUCUACGCAGAUGUCGGUUUGCCCGCAAUUACUAAGUCCAAUUUAUAAUAGGGUAUUAAAAUAUGUUAAUAGAGUAUUCGACAGUUGUGAAGUAUUUUUAUAAAUCAUUGAAAAUAUCAUACGGAAAUUGUAUCAAUAUGGUAAUACUUAUGAAAGGUUAAAAGAAGACCCUUUUCAUAGGUUCAAAGAAGAAUCUUCCACUAAAGAGAAGUAUGUAACAGAUAUUCGGUACCAUAUAGUGACUCAUUAACUAUAGUAAAUUAAAAAGUUUUUAAUUAAAAUCAACAAUUAUAUGAAUGGUAAAGGGUGAUAUAGUAGGUACUGAUUUUAUACUAUAGUCUUAGUUGCCAAAAGCGAUAGUGGCGCCACACUUAAAUAUUACUAGUUUGUAAAGUUUUUGUGUAAAAUGUGUCUCGUCUUCAAAGUGUAAUAAGAAAAUUCUCUAACAUAAUACUUCGGUAAUGGUAUGCCGUAGGAUUUGUAUAAAUACACUUGCGUUUGAUAACGGUGGACGUGCAAUGUUUCCCAUUUGUGGUCUGUUUCCACAAUCGAUCUUUGAUCUUUUUUGAUAAAGAUAAUGUCGAUUACGAUGAAACCUCCAUCUAAAACAUGAACAUUAUUGGUAACCAGUAUUUAAAAUCACGAAUAGAUGCAUUUUUCACCAUCAAGGCUUUUAUCUUAUAACCCGACUGUUUCUAGAAGGGUUAUGCAUUUCAUUUUACACUUGUUUGGUGCUGGAUAUUAUAUAGUAAACUGAAUUGCAGUAACAAAAAAUUACGAGAGAAAAGCUCUACUAGUUUUGAGUCACAGAGGGACUCUUCCUUAUGAGCAGCGUCCGCGGUCGGAGCUGAAUUUUGAUAUUACAAUUCAGUUGCCAUUUGUGCCUUAUAAGAUUACAUUGAAUAAGUUUCUUUUGGAACCUGUUUAUUUAGAUUUAAUAUGCAUUUUAUACUCCAAAGGUAUAGGGUAUUAAAUACAUUCAUUGUUAUUAAAUUUGAGACCCAUUUUUCGCCAUUUAUUUUCAUAAAUUGGUAUUAUGAACGUAGCUAUAAACACAUUUAAUUAUACUAUAGAAUAGAAUCGGGCGUUACUUUGUGGAAAUCAAUGCUACAAAAAUAAUUAAUUAAAUAAUUUUUAUUCCGCUAAAGGAAUGAAUUUGCAGCAUGCUAUAUGUAUAAACACUCAUGCAGCAGAGAUGCGAAAAACGAACACGACAUUAUGUUUCGCUCCUCCAUGGAGCGUCCUCAGUAGUCGUUGACUCGGCAGCUCGAAUGAAUUCGAAUACGAAAAAUUAAAAGUUUACAUACAUAUACAUAUCUAUACAUAACCUCACACCUGUCUCCCAUGGGGCUGGUAGAGACUAAUGAUUUAAUGCAUUUGGUUUUUAAUUUUUGGAUGUUAUUUAUUUAUUCACUUGAUAUAUAUCCCCAAAGUUUAUACAAAACUAGUUUCUAAACAUCGGAAAUAAGGUCUAAAAUGAGAUAGUGGAAAGUGGUCACCGGUGACUGCUUGGGAGUUGGGGAUUGAUCAGUUGUUUGUAAACAUACACUGCACAAGAGAUAGUCUAAGAAUGAAAGACUAAGCAGAAAAGUAAUCAAAUAAUACUUUGUGAAAACAAUAACAUUAUGGAAGCUUCUUAGUACUAUUGUAUAGGCUUAGAAAACAUUGUAAAUAUUUUAUAAGUAUAAAUAUAGGAGAAAAUGCUUUUAUAUAUGAGAUAUUUAUUUUUAUUAGCUGAUCUGGUAAACUUCGUACCGUCUACAGUUUUCUUUCUCGCCUUCUACACCUUCCCUGGACUUUAAGGAAAUUUUCAAGACCAAAA